AGCAUUUUGAAAACACCAUUUUGGUGCGAAAUACCCAGGAAGAGAUGGGAGAGAGUUGCUGAGAGGAGGUGGUUAGCGAGGUAAUAAAAUCGUGAACCCCCCUCCCGAUCGGCUUUUUGGCACGAGAAGCUCAAGCACCCUCGGCAGAUAGAGAGAGUGACGUCUCACACCAAAUCUAACCUCGCGAUGCUCUCAAGGGUCUCCUCUUUAAUGGCCUCCCUACCUUGCUCCAUGUUUACAAGACAACCUGUGACGCUGCCAAACAUGAGAAAAAACUGGUUUGGAAAGCAUUUACUCUAUGCACCGGGCACUCUCGUAUUGAGGCCUGUCAAAUUAUUGCGGGGUGGAACUCAGCUGCUGGGAUUAUCUCAUUUAUCCAGCAUCUCUGAUCUAGAUUCUUCACUCCAUAUAGAAUUAGUGUCAUGCCUCCGAGAUAAUUAUGCAUAUCUUUUGCAUGAUUUGGACACUGGUACAGUUGCGGUCGUUGAUCCUUCUGAAGCUUUUCCUGUCAUAAAGGUCCUAACGCAAAGAAAUCAGAACUUAACAUACAUAUUGAAUACUCAUCAUCACUAUGAUCACACUGGUGGGAAUAUGGAGUUAAAAGAAAGGUAUGGUGCAAAGGUGAUUGGCUCGGGCAAGGACAGGGAUAGAAUUCCUGGAAUUGAUUUAGCUCUUGAUGAUGGAGAUGCAUGGAUGUUUGCAGGCCAUAAGGUGCUUGUAAUGGAAACUCCGGGUCACACAAAAGGUCAUGUGAGCUUUUACUUCCCUGGGUGUGGAGCAAUAUUUACCGGUGACACCCUUUUUAGCUUGUCAUGUGGAAAACUUUUUGAAGGAAGCCCUGGUCAGAUGCUUUCUUCGCUUCAAAAAAUUAUGUCUUUGCCAGAUGACACAAAUGUAUAUUGUGGCCACGAAUAUACUCUGAGUAAUUCAAAAUUUGCCUUAUCCAUAGAAUCCAAGAAUGAGCAUCUACUAAAAUAUGCUGCAGAAAUCUCUCAGCUUCGCAGCAAGAAUCUUCCAACGAUUCCGACGACACUAAAGAGGGAGAAACAAUGCAAUCCAUUUUUGCGGACAUACAGUGAAGAAAUCCGGCACAGCUUGAGCAUACCAGCCACCGCCAGUGAUGCCGAGGCCUUGGGAAUCAUUCGCCGAGCGAAGGACAAUUUCUAAGCUCUUCCAUGCAGCUGGGGUGAACUUCAAUCUCGUUCUUUUUAACAUGGUAGAUUGGUAAUUUUCUUCUCCAUUUUACUAGAAAAAUUAUAGAUAAUUAUUCUACCUUGUGCUUAUGGUGAAGUUACCAGUUUGAUUGUUGCAGCUCUCUCUCUCUCUCUAAUUUUGUUUCUUGUUCUGUUCUCUUUGUCCAUGAUGGUGAGAUUGGUGAGGGUUGGUAUUUUGUUGGGCAAAUCCAAAGAAGGUUUUCCGUAUGAUCGUCACAGAAUAUUUC